GCAACAAUUUUGUCAUCUCUGUCUAAAAAUUUGUGAAAAUUUUGCCGUGAUUGUUGAAAAAUACGGAAAAGUUAAAGAAAAACGUUGUUAAAAAUGGGUGAUCAACCUCCACAAAUGCCUAUGCCACCUAGCGCGGGGCCCAUGCAGGGCGGUCCGCCACCACCAUUGCUUGGCAUGCGGCCACCACCUGGUUUGUUACCGGGACCACCGGCUCCGCCAAUGUUUCCACCCGGGCUGAGUAUGAAUCCACACCAACAAUUGCAACAAAUGCCGCCACCUCCCCAACAAAUGCAACCGCCCCAACAACAUAUGCAGGGACCCCAACAAAUGCAACCCCCUCAACAACAUAUGCAGCCACCACCACAGCAAAUGCAACCCCCUCAACAACAUAUGCAGCCACCACCACAGCAAAUGCAGCCGCCACCACAACAAAUGCAGCCGCCACCACAACAAAUGCAACCUCAACAACAUAUGCAGCCACCACCACAGCAAAUGCAACCGCCACCACAACAAAUGCAACCGCCUCAACAACAUAGACAGCCACCACCUCAACAACAUAUGCAGCCUCCACCUCAACAACAUUUGCAGCCACCACAACAACAAAUGCAGUCACCAACACAGCAGUUGCCGCCGCAACACACACUUCAACCACCACCCCAGCAGAUGCCACAACAGCAAAUGUCGCCUCAUCAGAUGCCACCAAUGACAUCAAUGCCGCCACAACAGAGACCACCACCAACACAUCAACAAAUACCUCCACCUCAACCAUGGAAUCAAGGGCCGCCGCCCCCGCGUGUAGAGGUACCCGGCGUUGAACAAGGCUCCCGCCCCAUGCCACUUAUGUCGACGCCUUUAGAAAAACCUGUGGGUGGUAAUGGCGGCAAUGCCACUGGAGGCACCUCUGCUGCACCCGAGAGUCCUGGCGAUGGCAGUGAAUCUGAUGAAAACGAUGACGGCGAAGAUAAGAUCAAGAAGCCAACCGAAGUGGUGCUACCGAAGGCUUUAGAAGAUGUUUUGGCAUUAAAAGAUCAACGCGCAGCAGAAUUCCAUAUAAAUUCGGAAGACUUCACUUCAAGUGACAUAAACCAAGGUAUUGCAGCUGGCGGUGGUGUUAUUAGCAAUGAUUAUGGUGACGCAGGCGACGAUUCUGAUGACGAGGCCGAGACUCAAAUGAACGGUGGAGUAGGUGGAAAAGCGGCCAAGCCAAGUCGUGCAGAGAAAAAUAAGAAGAAAAAGCGUAGGAAGAAGCAGAAUCGUAAGUUAAGACAGCAACGAGAACUGGAGAGAACAAAUGGAGCACUUGAUGAUGGGGAAAAUGAACACGCUGAAGAAGAUGAAAAUAAAGUAGAACAAGAACACAAAACUACUGAGGCGAAAAAGGCAACAAAUGAAAGGGAUUCUGGAGAUGAAGGAGACGGAAAGAAUACAAGGGAUAAAGAGAAAGACAGGAGAGACAGAAAUAGGGACAGCAGGGACAGAAAAAGCAGGAACAAGGAUAGGGAAAGAGAAAAAUCAAAGGAAAAGGAAAAGGAAAAGAGUAAAGAAAGCAAAGCAGAAAAGAAAGGAAAAUCUGUAGAAACUGAUGAUGAUGUGACUAUCGAAUAUGUUCCGGAACGCAUAACAAUCGCUGACUUAGCCCCAAUGUACCGGCAGUUUUACAGAGUUUUCGAAAUUUUUAAACUAGAAAAUAAACCAAAACCGCUUGAAAAAGACAAAACCGCUACUGAAAAUGAAGGAGCAGCAGCUCCAAAGAAACCAGUCGAUAAGAUGCAAGACGACGACGAUGAUGAGGAGAAUGAGGAACCCAAAGAGGACAAAGAAAAAUUGUCGAAACGAAAACUCAAAAAACUUACACGCCUCAGUGUCGCCGAGUUGAAGCAAUUGGUCUCACGUCCUGAUGUUGUGGAAAUGCACGAUGUCACCGCUCGAGAUCCGAAAUUACUUGUGCAAUUGAAAGCCUACCGCAACACUGUGCAAGUGCCACGUCACUGGUGUUUUAAGCGCAAAUAUUUACAGGGCAAGCGCGGUAUUGAAAAACCACCAUUCGAUUUGCCAGCAUUUAUCAAGAAAACGGGUAUCAUGGAAAUGCGCGAAUCUUUGCAGGAAAAGGAUGACGCCAAAUCGCUCAAAUCAAAAAUGCGCGAGCGUGUACGUCCUAAAAUGGGUAAAAUCGAUAUUGAUUACCAAAAAUUGCAUGACGCCUUCUUCAAGUGGCAAACAAAGCCGCGUAUGACUAUACACGGUGACCUUUACUACGAAGGUAAGGAAUACGAGACGCGUUUGAGAGAGAAGAAACCAGGUGAUUUGUCAGAAGAACUACGCAUUGCACUGGGUAUGCCGGUGGGACCAAAUUCGCAUAAAAUUCCACCACCAUGGCUUAUUGCACAACAACGUUAUGGGCCGCCGCCAUCAUAUCCAAAUUUGAAAAUACCCGGUUUGAAUGCACCGAUUCCUGACGGCACUUCGUUUGGCUAUCAUGCUGGUGGCUGGGGCAAACCGCCUGUAGAUGAAACUGGCAAGCCACUGUACGGUGAUGUAUUUGGCACCAACAUAAUGGAUUUAGAUAGCGGCAUUGAUGAAGGCGAUAUUGAACGUAAUCAAUGGGGUGAGCUGGAGUCUGAGUCCGAAGAAUCUUCUGAAGAAGAAGAGGAAGAUGGUGAAGAUCUGGCUAACCAACCAGACGAGAGUGGACUUGUGACACCAGCAGAAGGUCUGGUAACACCAUCUGGUCUAACAAGUGUACCAGCUGGUAUGGAGACGCCUGAAACGAUUGAGUUGCGCAAAAAGAAAAUUGAGGCCGAAAUCGAGGACAACGACACACCUGUUUUAUAUCAAGUACUACCCGAAAAACGCACUGACCGUGUUGGUGCUUCUAUGAUGGGCUCAACACACGUAUACGAUAUAAGUGGCGUUAGCAAACCCCCAACACGUGCUGCUGUUACAGUAGAUCGUGAGGGUACCGUCGAAUUGGCAUUAGAUCCAUCUGAAUUGGAUUUGGAUAAUGACGCAAUGGCACAACGCUACGAGCAGCAAAUGCGAGAACAACAAAGUCAUCUGCAGAAGGAGGAUCUCUCCGAUAUGUUGGCAGAACAUGUGGCACGCCAGAAGUCAAAACGUAAACGACAGCAAGCAGAUACAACCAGUAAAACAACAAAGAAGUAUAAGGAGUUUAAAUUUUAAAUUGAAGCUAACACUCAUUUAUAUAAGAAAGUUAAUAUGAAAGUUGCCUUUGAGGGCGUUUACACACAUAUAUAUAUUACGCAUAGAGCAGUGAAUAAACGCUAUAUAACAUUUCGCAGCUAAUAUCAA